GAUUUAAAAUAUUCCCAGGCUAGAGAAAGGAAAUGGCGGGAAUCAUCAUGCAGAACAACAACGCCCAAACUGACAAGUUGGUUCUAAAAAAGUUCCUGGAUUUGCCCCAGGGUGGGAGGGUUCAAGCCCUGUAUAUCUGGAUAGAUGGAACAGGAGAAGGUUUAAGGGCUAAAACUAAGACCUUAGAGAAGAAACCAGCUGAUGUUUCUGAACUACCAAUCUGGAACUAUGAUGGAAGCUCAACUUAUCAGGCUGAAGGAAAGAACUCUGACACCUACCUCCACCCGGUCAAAAUCUAUCCUGACCCCUUCAGGCUAGGAGACAAUAUCCUUGUGAUGUGUGAAACUUAUAAAUACAACAAAGAACCCACUGAUACCAAUCAUAGAAAGCAAUGCCUUGAGAUAAUGACCAAGGCUAAGGAUGAUCACCCUUGGUUUGGAAUAGAACAGGAGUACACUCUUCUGGCCCAGGUAAAAUAUUUAAACAUAUUGUUCAUUUACCAUGUCAUACUAUUUUUAAAAAAAAUACUUCAAUUACAAUUUAAGCAUCUCAUAAUUUUGUUUAGGGUAUCUGGUACAAAUGCUGAAGUUAUGCCCGCCCAAUGGGAGUUCCAGGUUGGACCAACAGAAGGAAUUGAUAUGGGAGAUGAUCUCUGGGUCGCUAGAUACAUUUUGCACAGGGUAGCAGAAGAGUUUGGAGUGGUUGUCUCUCUAGAUCCUAAACCUAUGACUGGAGACUGGAACGGAGCCGGAGCUCAUACUAACUUCUCAACUGAAGCUAUGAGAGUACCAGGAGGAAUGAAAGCUAUCGAGGAGGCUAUUGAUAAAAUGUCUAAGCAUCACAUCAGGCAUAUUAGGGCUUACGAUCCUAGGGAUGGAAAGGAUAACGAGCGUAGGUUGACCGGGGCCCACGAGACUUCGUCUAUUCACGAUUUCUCCGCUGGAGUUGCUAACAGAGGCUGUAGUAUCCGUAUUCCCAGGGAGGUUGCUGAACAAGGAUACGGAUACCUGGAGGACCGAAGACCAUCCUCUAACUGCGAUCCCUACAGGGUGACCGCUGUUAUUGUGCAGACUACUUGCCUUGAAAAGUAGUAUGAAGACGACCAAUGUUGAAGUUUGAAGACGACUAACCCCUUGAAAUUCGACAUUUUAUACUAGAAUGUUAUUAAUGCUUCACUGCCCUAUAUGUACAGUGUCAACAUUUUGCAUUACAAAGUUUUACUUGAAUUAACCAACAAGUUUAAUUGACAGGUUCCCGAUUUUGUAUUUUGUUAAAUUGUAUUUUUGUAUCGAUGCAUCAGUGCUUUUUUAUACUAUAAGAAUAUAUAUUUUAUCAAUAAAAUAA